AUGGCGUCGCGACUAGUGCUGGUCCUCGGCGACCUGUUCAUACCAGACAGAGCAGCAUUCAAGAAGCUCCUUGCGCCGGGAAAGAUUGGCCAGAUCCUGUGCCUGGGCAAUAUUACCGACCGCGAAACCUACGAGUUCCUGCGCGCCAUCGCGCCAGAUCUACAAAUUGUCAAGGGCGACUUCGACGUCGAAGCUCCCAACCUCGCGCUGUCAAAGGUCGUCACACACGGUUCGCUGCGUAUAGGCUUCACACAUGGGCAUACCAUCAUACCACCAGGCGAUGGUGAUAGUCUGUUGAUUGCGGCACGGCAAAUGGACGUCGACGUGCUGCUCUGGGGCGGCACGCACAAGUUCGAGGCAUAUGAGAUGGAAGGCAAGUUCUUCGUGAACCCGGGGAGUGCAACGGGGGCUAUGACGACGGGAUGGUGGACGGAGGACGAAGACCCCACACCGAGCUUUGUGCUCAUGGAUGUCCAGGGCGAUGUGCUUGUGCUCUACGUCUACCAGCUAAGGAAAGACGCAGAAGGCAACGAGAACGUCGCGGUGGAAAAGGUGUCAUUUCGGAAAAAUGGCGGUGGUGUAUCAUAG